ACCGCGCGCGUCACCUCAAACGGACCAAGGUGGAGCGCAAUCGUCCGCGGCCGUCGUUACACACAAACGUACAACCACAUCGUCUCAAUGAGUGCGGACGGUGAAUACAUUUCCACCAGCUACAAUAUGAGGAGCAAUACUAAAGCUUCCUUCUGGGAGCAGAGAACGCGGCUCGAAAAGCGGCUGAUGCUGGCCGUGGGCGUAGUAGCUGUACUGGCCGUCGCAUUCUUUGCAGCCUUCCUUGCCACCAUCAUGAUGAGGCCUUCCACGGAUGUCAAUGAUGUUCCGCAAACCAGCGAGCUUCGUUUGUCAGAGACAUUCCCUCCAGCAGUUAUUGCUAAGAACGACGAGCCUAAAGUCUGCAAAGAUGCUGACUGCAUUCAUACUGCAUCAAAACUGUUACAAAAUAUGGACGAAUCGGCUGAACCAUGCGACGAUUUCUAUGACUUCGCCUGUGGCGCCUUCGUGAAGAACACCCGUAUACCGGAUGACAAAACUUCUGUGAACACCUUCUCAAUAAUUACGGAUCAGCUACAGGAACAAAUCCGGUCACUUCUAGAUGCCCCAAUUGUUGCCGAUGAACCCCGCCCCUUUGUUUUGGCGAAGACGUUGUACCAGGCUUGCAUGAACCGAACUGCUAUCGAAGCUCGUGGUAUUCAACCGCUCACUGACAUGCUUCGUCGUCUUGGGGGCUGGCCCGUGCUGGAUGGAGAAAAUUGGGAUGAGACAUCGUUCUCUUGGGAGGAAUCCGUUUACCGUUUCAGACACGCUGGAUACUCUGUAGACUACUUCCUGGACUUCUCUAUCAGUGUAGACGUCAAGAACUCUACUAACAGGAUUAUUGAUUUGGACCAAGCAUCUCUGGGUCUCAGUCGGGAGUACUUGAACCGUGGUUUCAAGGACAAGCUAGUCCAGGCCUACUAUGAGUAUAUGGUGGAUAUUGCGACCCUACUUGGCGCCGAUAGGGCCAGGGCCGAGGUGGAAUUAAAGGAUUCCCUACAGUUCGAAAUCAACUUGGCUAACAUAUCUUUGCCUUUGGAGAAACGUCGUAAUGCUACCAGUCUUUAUAACCCGAUGACAAUUGCUGAAUUACAAGAAAAAUUCCCCAAAAUUCCCUGGCUGACGUAUGUAAACAAACUCCUCGCCCCCCACGUUCAGGUUAGCCUGGAUGAAAUUGCUAUCGUCAACGUUCCAAAGUACCUCACAGAUCUAGAGAUUUUGUUAGAAAAGACUCCAAAACGCGUGCAGGCGAAUUACGUCAUGUGGCGAGUGGCUGGCGCAUCUGUGUCUUAUCUAACUGAAGAGCUUCGUCGGAGACAGUUGGCUUAUGUGACUGCACUCUCUGGUAAAACUGAACGCGAGAGCCGAUGGAAAGAGUGUGCCGAUACAACCAGUGCUAGUAUGUCGAUUGCAGUCGGUGCACUUUACAUUAGGAAGUACUUUAACGAGAAGUCUAAGUCCAAAGCUUUGGAAAUGGUUGAUGAUAUUAGGCAACAGUUCAGCAAAACCCUGUCAGAGGUGGAUUGGAUGGAUAGCAUGACUCGUCAGGCUGCGCUGGAUAAAGCACAAGCCAUGGCUUCACAUAUCGCGUACCCCAACGAACUUCUGGAUGAUGAAAAACUAACACAGUUCUAUUCAGGCUUGGACAUGUCUUCAGAUAAAUUGAUGGAGUCCGUAUUAAACCUGACUCUCUUUGGAACUGAAUAUCUCUUUGGCAAGCUUCGUGAGCCCGUGAAUAAAACCGACUGGGUUACCCAUGGACGUCCCGCCAUUGUCAAUGCCUUCUACUCAUCUAUCGAGAACAGCAUUCAAUUUCCGGCUGGUAUCCUUCAAGGCACUUUCUUUUCGGCCAAGCGUCCUGCUUUUAUGAACUAUGGCGCUAUUGGAUUUGUUAUUGGACACGAAAUCACUCAUGGAUUUGAUGACCAGGGGCGACAAUUCGACAAGAUUGGCAACUUGGUAGACUGGUGGCAGGAAAUGACCAAGCAAAAGUACUUGGAGAAAGCCAAGUGCAUCAUCGACCAGUACUCUAACUACACAGUCAAGGAAGUCAACAUGAAGCUAAAUGGCGUGAACACCCAAGGUGAGAACAUUGCUGACAACGGUGGCAUCAAGGAGGCGUACUACGCGUAUGAGGCCUGGACUAAGCGUCACGGUGAAGAGAGUCGGUUGCCUGGACUCGAAAAGUACUCCCCGCGACAGAUGUUCUGGUUAAGCGCAGCAAACACCUGGUGCUCGGUCUACCGGAAUGAAGCUAUUAAGAUGCGCAUAACGACUGGUUUCCAUGCACCUGGCCGCUUCCGAGUUCUUGGACCCUUGGCCAAUAUGGACGAAUUUGCCAAGGACUUUAACUGCCCACCAGGCUCUCCAAUGAACCCACAGAAGAAAUGCAAAGUCUGGUAGAUAGCGGCCGAUAGAGGGAUCCCAAUCUAAUUCAAUUCUCCUCUUAUAAAAAUGCGAAUUUCAAUCACACCUCGACGAAACAGCUCUCAACGACCACUUAUGGAAACCUUAUAUGAGUAUUUCGAUAUAAUUAUCUAAAAUGAAAAGUUCUUAAAACAAGAUGAGAGUUCACCACUUUAUUAAUUACUAGCCUCCAACCUGAAACCUCCAGUUAUGGGAUAAAUGCUUAUAUUACAUUGAAGGUCGAGUAAGCAACUAUUAUGACUGAAACUCGAAUCAAGAUUAUCAAGGACAACAAUUACUAUUAAUGAAAUAUAUUUUGUCGUUAACUGACGAAACCAUUCUUAGUCAUUGAUGAAACUGUUCGAUAGCCCUACAAUUUCAACACCAUUUUGACAUGUUUGUAACAUAUCAGUAGUAUCAUAUGAAGAAAAAAUAUAUGAUUUUUUUUUAAAUUAACACUCAAAUUUUUUCUUCGAUUAAAAUAUAUACUUGGGGCUUAUAAUCCUAUAAUGAUUCAUUUUAAUAUUAAACAUUAUAGAAUAUUGCAAAAAUAGACAUGCGUAUGCGUUACUCAUAUGAAUGUUUACUGUAUUUUGAUGUGGGUUUUAAAACGAUUUUAAGAAAUUGCUGAGAUUUUAGACUGAUGAUGGAAAUUGAACGGGUCUUAACUUUAGGCUUGUAUAUAACAAGUACAAAUAGUUCUAACUUUCAUCAUAAGAAAAUCCUUGAAUAAAAAAAGAGUGUGUGUACUUAUGUACACGCGUUAGAAGUUAUA